ACCACACUGAAUCAGAACCAAACAGGAACCAAGUCAUCUUCCAGGAAGCUGCUGAAGCUGAGAACCAAAAUCAGGAAAGAAGAAAACCUUUCUCAUGUGGCAUCUGUAAAAAGUGUAUUGCUUUCAAAUCUGUUUUUGAUGCUCAUAUGAGAACUCAUACGGGUGAAAAGCCGUUUUCAUGUGUGAACUGUGGAAAAGGUUUUAGUCACAAACAGCAUUUAACUCGGCAUAUGAUGAUUCACACUGGUGAAAAGCCGUUUUCAUGUGUGAAAUGUGGAAAAAGUUUUAGUCACAAACAGCAUUUAACUAAGCACAUGAUGAUUCACACUGGUGAAAAGCCGUUUUCAUGUGUGAACUGUGGAAAAGGUUUUAGUCGAAAACUUAGUUUAACUGAACACAUGAUGAUUUACACUGGUGAAAAGCCGUUUUCAUGUGUGACCUGUGGAAAAGGUUUUAGUCAAAAAGGUAAUUUAACUCAGCACAUGAUGAUUCACACUGGUGAAAAGCCGUUUUCAUGUGUGAAAUGUGGAAAAAGUUUUAGUCAAAAACAGGAUUUAACUUGGCACAUGAUGAUUCAUACUGGUGAAAAGCCGUUUUCAUGUGUGAACUGUGGAAAAUGUUUUAGUCGAAAACAGGACUUAACUAAGCACAUGAUGAUUCACACAGGUGAAAAGCCGUUUUCAUGUGUGAACUGUGGUAAAAGUUUUAGUCAAAAAGGUAAUUUAACUGAGCACAUGAUGAUUCACACUGGUGAAAAGCCGUUUUCAUGUGUGAACUGUGGAAAAUGUUUUAGUCGAAAACAGGACUUAACUAAGCACAUGAUGAUUCACACAGGUGAAAAGCCGUUUUCAUGUGUGAAAUGUGGAAAAAGUUUUAGUCAAAAACAGGUUUUAACUCAGCACAUGAUGAUUCAUACUGGUGAAAAGCCGUUUUCAUGUGUGACCUGUGGAAAAAGUUUUAGUCGAAAACAGCAUUUGACUCGGCACAUGAUGAUUCAUACUGGUGAAAAGCCGUUUUCAUGUGUGAAAUGUGGAAAAAGUUUUUGUCAAAAACAGGAUUUAACUCAGCACAUGAUGAUUCACACUGGUGAAAAGCCGUUUUCAUGUGUGAAAUGUGGAAAAAGUUUUAAUCAAAAACAGGUUUUAACUCUGCACAUGAUGAUUCAUACUGGUGAAAAACCAUUUUCAUGUGUGAACUGUGGAAAACGUUUUAGUCAAAAACUUAGUUUAACUGAGCACAUGAUUAUUCACACAGGUGAAAAGCCGUUUUCAUGUGUGAAUUGUGGAAAAGGUUUUAGUCACAAACAGCAUUUAUCUCGGCACAUGAUGACUCACACUGGUGAAAAGCCAUUUUCAUGUGUGAAUUGUGGAAAAGGUUUUAGUCGAAAACAGCAUUUAACUCUGCACAUGAUGACUCACACUGGUGAAAAACCAUUUUCAUGUGUGACCUGUGGAGAAAGUUUUCGUCAAAGGUGAGUUUAAUUCACCACAUGAGGCGUCACACAGUUGAAAAGCAGUAGAAGUAUUUUCCAAUACAUGUUCUAUGUUGAGGUUCACUAUAGAACUGAUUUGGUUUAAAACUAGAAUGA